CGCCCCGCUAGUCCACGCCGCCGCCCUCGCCCUGCGCGCCCGCGGCCCUCGAGCCCAGCCCAAGCCGGGCGGAGAGGAGCGCGCCGAGCCUCGUCCCGCGGCCGGGCCGGGGCCGGGCCGGAGCGGCAGUGCCUGGAUGCGGACCCGGCCGCGGGGAGACGGGCGCCCGCCCCGAAGAGACUUUCGGUCCCCGACGAGCCUCGCCCGACCCCUAAGAUGAAGAGGGCGUCCGCCGGAGGAAGCCGGCUGCUGGCAUGGGUGCUAUGGCUACAGGCUUGGCAGGUGGCAGCACCGUGCCCAGGUGCCUGUGUGUGCUACAAUGAGCCCAAAGUGACAACAAGCUGCCCCCAACAAGGCCUGCAGGCUGUGCCCAUUGGCAUCCCAGCCUCCAGCCAGCGCAUCUUCCUGCAUGGCAACCGCAUCUCCCAUGUGCCAGCUGCUGGUUUCCACGCCUGCCGCAAUCUCACCAUCCUGUGGCUACACUCCAAUGCACUGGCCCGGAUUGAUGCCACUGCGUUCUCUGGCCUGACCCUCCUGGAGCAACUGGAUCUCAGUGACAAUGCCCAGCUUCGUACCGUGGACCCUGCCACAUUCCAAGGCUUGGGCCGCCUGCACACAUUGCACCUGGACCGCUGUGGCUUGCAGGAACUGGGCCCUGGCCUGUUCCGUGGCCUGGCUGCCUUGCAGUACCUCUAUCUUCAAGACAAUGGGCUGCAGGCACUGCCAGACGAUGCCUUCCGUGACCUGGGCAACCUCACGCACCUUUUCCUUCACGGUAACCGCAUCCCCAGCGUGCCUGAGCGCGCCUUCCGUGGCCUGCACAGUCUCGACCGUCUCCUCCUGCACCAGAAUCGUGUGGCCUAUGUGCACCCACACGCCUUCCGUGACCUUGGCCGCCUCAUGACACUCUACCUGUUUGCCAACAACCUCUCAAUGCUGCCUGCAGAGGCACUGGCACCUCUACGUGCUCUACAGUAUUUGCGGCUCAAUGACAACCCCUGGGUAUGCGACUGCCGGGCACGCCCACUCUGGGCCUGGCUGCAGAAGUUUCGAGGUUCCUCAUCUGAGGUGCUCUGCAACCUGCCCAUGCGCCUGGCUGGCCGUGACCUCAAGCGUCUGGCUGCCAAUGACCUAGAGGGCUGUGCUGUGGCAGCCAGGCCAUUCCAUCCCAUCUGGACCAGCGGGGCCACUGAUGAGGAGCUGCUGGGGCUGCCCAAAUGCUGCCAACCGGACGCUGCAGACAAGGCCUCGGUGCUAGAAUCUGGGAGGCCAGCCUCUGCUGGCAAUGCACUCAAGGGGCGUGUGCCACCUGGUGACAGCCCACCAGGCAACAGCUCAGGCCCACGUCACAUCAAUGACUCUCCCUUUGGGACCCUGCCCAGCUCUGCUGAGCCCCCACUGACUGCACUGCAGCCAGAGGGGUCUGAGUCACCAGGAGUCCCCACCACUGGUCCUCGUCGAAGGCCAGGCUGUUCCCGCAAGAACCGCACCCGCAGUCAGUGUCGUCUAGGACAGGCGGGAAGUGGGGGCAGCGGGACAAGUGAUGCCGAGGGUUCAGGUGCCCUGCCAGCCCUGGCCUGCAGCCUUGUGCCCCUUGGCCUUGUGCUGGUACUGUGGACAAUGUUUGCACCAUGCUGACCAGCUACGACCCCAGAACCUCUCAGCAGCCAGGUGUGUGUACAUAGGGGGUCUCCCAACAUGUCGCCAGCCAGCGCCAGGGACAGGUCCCGUUGGGCAGGCCAGUCCUCCCUGAUGGACGCCUCCCCACCAGCCCAACCCCAUCUCCACCCCAUCAUGUUUACAGGGUUUGGGGCAGCGUUUGUUCCAGAACGCAGUCUCCCACCCGGAUCGCGGUAUAUAGAGAUAUGCAUUUUAUUUUACUUGUGUAAAAAUAUUGGACGAUGUGGAAUAAAGAGCUCUUUUCUUAAAACUA